GAAGGCGUUGUAGAAGCAAUUUCAUCUCCGUUCUCUGAUACGAAAUAGAUGACGGUAUCAUAUUGAUCUAAUAAAGUUUUUAGUGAAACCUAAUGCUCGAGAGAGGUGCCGGUAACCCAAUAGUGAUUUCUUGGUAAGAACGGUUCAACAAAGGCACAAAACUGGUGUUCGAUAAGUCACUUGGCAAUAUGCCUGCCGUCAGGGGCGAUGGAAUGCGGGGACUCGCAGUCUUCAUAUCUGAUAUACGAAACUGUAAAAGUAAAGAGGCAGAGAUUAAGAGGAUUAACAAGGAGCUGGCCAACAUACGCAGCAAGUUUAAAGGUGAUAAGACUCUCGAUGGCUAUCAAAAGAAAAAGUACGUCUGUAAACUUCUUUUUAUUUUUCUGCUUGGCCACGAUAUUGACUUUGGUCAUAUGGAAGCAGUUAAUCUACUCUCAUCUAAUAAAUACUCCGAGAAACAGAUCGGGUACCUUUUCAUAUCUGUUUUAGUCAAUACCAACAGUGAUCUGAUAAAGCUGAUUAUCCAGAGCAUAAAAAACGAUUUGCAGUCUCGUAACCCCAUUCAUGUGAAUCUAGCUUUACAGUGUAUUGCUAAUAUUGGUAGUAAAGAUAUGGCUGAAGCUUUUGGUACUGAAAUUCCAAAACUUUUAGUGUCUGGUGAUACUAUGGAUGUUGUCAAACAAUCUGCAGCUCUUUGCCUUCUAAGGCUCUUCAGAAAAUCACCUGAAAUUAUUCCUGGUGGUGAGUGGACUUCACGAAUAAUACAUCUUUUGAACGAUCCACAUAUGGGUGUGGUGACUGCUGCAACCUCUUUAAUAGAUGCUCUUGUUAAAAAGAAUCCAGAGGAGUAUAAAGGAUGUGUAACUCUUGCUGUGGCUAGAUUGAGUCGAAUUGUCACUGCUAGCUACACAGAUCUUCAGGACUAUACAUAUUACUUUGUACCAGCUCCGUGGCUGUCAGUAAAAUUAUUGCGCUUGCUUCAAAACUAUACACCACCCUCUGAAGAACCUGGUGUAAGAGGCCGUCUUUCUGAAUGCUUAGAAACUAUAUUUAAUAAGGCCCAAGAGCCUCCUAAAUCUAAGAAAGUGCAACACUCAAAUGCUAAAAAUGCAGUUCUUUUUGAAGCAAUAAGUCUUAUUAUUCAUAAUGAUAGUGAACCUAACUUAUUGGUCCGUGCAUGUAAUCAGCUGGGUCAAUUUCUAAGCAACCGUGAAACUAAUCUACGAUAUUUAGCUCUUGAAUCUAUGUGCCAUCUUGCUACGUCUGAAUUUUCUCAUGAAGCUGUAAAGAAACACCAAGAAGUUGUUAUCUUGUCUAUGAAAAUGGAGAAAGAUGUCUCAGUCCGACAACAAGCUGUAGAUUUACUUUAUGCUAUGUGUGAUAAGACAAAUGCUGAAGAAAUUGUACAAGAAAUGCUGGCAUACCUAGAAACAGCAGAUUAUUCAAUAAGAGAAGAAAUGGUGUUGAAAGUAGCAAUUUUAGCUGAAAAGUAUGCCACAGACUUCACCUGGUAUGUUGAUGUUAUCCUGAAUUUGAUCAGGAUUGCAGGAGAUUAUGUUUCAGAAGAGGUAUGGUAUAGAGUCAUCCAAAUUGUAAUUAAUAGGGAAGAAGUUCAAGGAUAUGCUGCAAAAACUGUAUUUGAAGCUUUACAAGCUCCUACAUGUCACGAAAAUAUGGUUAAAGUGGGUGGAUACAUUCUCGGUGAAUUUGGUAAUUUGAUAGCUGGAGAUACCAGAUCUUCACCACAAGUUCAAUUUGAACUGCUUCAUUCAAAAUAUCACUUAUGUUCAGCAGCAACCAGGGCUUUAUUAUUAUCUACUUACAUAAAACUGGUAAAUCUGUUCCCAGAAAUAAAAGCUCGUGUUCAAGAAGUUUUUCGUGCUGAUUCUAAUCUUCGUUCUGCUGAUGUUGAAUUACAACAAAGGGCAUCAGAAUAUUUGCAACUUAGUAUUGUGGCCAGUUCUGAUGUACUUGCUACUGUUCUUGAGGAAAUGCCAGCUUUCCCAGAAAGAGAAUCCUCUAUUUUGGCAGUUUUAAAGAAGAAGAAACCUGGACGAAUCCCUGAUGAAGUAAGGGAGUCAAAGAGUCCACAACCUACAAAUACUACUCCAGCUGCAGUAGUUAAUUCUACCAACAACACCAACAAUUCCAGUGCAGAUCUUCUUGGUUUGUCUACUCCUCCAGGCACUGCUGCGUCUUCUGCUGGUAAUGGGCUUCUAGAUGUUCUUGGUGACUUAUAUACUAGCCCCAAAGUAAGCCCUAAUACAGUACAACAAAACAAUAUCAAGAAAUUUUUAUUUAAAAAUAAUGGUGUCCUGUUUGAAAAUGAAUUUAUUCAAAUUGGUGUCAAAAGUGAAUUCAGACAAAACUUGGGGAGAAUUGGAUUGUUUUAUGGGAACAAAGCUAUAUAUCCAAUUUUAAACAUACACCCUGAACUACAGUGGACCGAUAUGCACAAACUCAAUGUCCAAGUAAAACCCAUGGAACCUGUUAUUGAAGCAGGUGCCCAAAUUCAGCAAAUGUUGACAGCUGAAUGUAUUGAAGAUUUCUCUGACACUCCGAGCAUGACAAUUACUUUCACUUAUAAUAAUGUUCCACAGAAAAUUUCAUUGAAACUGCCACUUACAUUAAACAAGUUCUUUGAACCUACUGAAAUGAAUGGUGAAUCAUUUUUUGCUAGAUGGAAAAAUCUUGGGGGUGAACAGCAAAGAGCACAAAAGAUAUUCAAAGCUCAAGGAUCUAUUGACUUAGCAGGAACACGUACAAAACUUUCUGGUUUUGGUAUGCAACUGUUAGAUGGUAUUGAUCCUAACCCUGAGAAUUUUGUUUGUGCAGGAAUAGUACAUACUCGCCUUCAACAAGUGGGAUGUCUUAUGCGAUUGGAACCAAAUAAACAAGCUCAAAUGUAUAGGCUUACUGUCAGAUCUAGCAAAGAAACAGUUUCACAAGAAAUUUGCAAUUUGCUAGCUGAUCAGUUCUAAAUGCCAUUUCCCUUUAUAAGUGGUCCUGAAUUUGAACAACAAGUUAGACAGAGGUCUAUAAUGGUCUUUACCUACUACUACUCGGAUGUUACUGGUAUAUUACAUAUACCAAGCAAACUGCAAAAUACUGAAAUGAGCAGCACUGAGUGAAAUAAAAGCAAAAUCUCUAGUGUACAAUUUUG